AUGAGUGAUCUUCACAGACAUGAAAGAGUUCAUACUGAAGAGAAAACAUAUGAAUAUAAUCAAUGUGAUAAAGCUUUUGCAGAGACAAGAAAUCUUCACAGUCAUGAAAGAUUUCAUAUAAGAGAGAAACCCUAUUUAUAUAAUCAAUGUGGUAAAUCAUUUACAGGAAAGAAUAGUCUUCGAGGUCAUGAAAGAAUUCAUACUGGAGAGAAACCCUAUGAAUGCAAUCAAUGUGAUAAAGCCUUUGCACAAAAGAGUAAUCUUCAAAGACAUGAAAGAAUUCAUACUGGAGAGAAACCAUAUGAAUGUGAACAAUGUGGUAAAGCCUUUGCACAGAAGGGUAGUCUUCGAAUUCAUAAAAGAAUUCAUACUGGAGAGAAACCCUAUGAAUGUAAUCAAUGUGGUAAAGCCUUUGCAAAAAAGAGUUAUCUUCUCACCCAUGAAAACCUCCAUACUGGAGAGAAACCCCAUGAAUGUAAUCAAUGUGGUAAAGCCUUUGCAAUGAAGAGUUAUCUUCUCAGCCAUGAAAGAAUUCAUACUGGAGAGAAACCUUAUGAAUGUAAUCAGUGUGGUAAAUCCUUUGCACAGAAGACUAGUCUUCAAAUUCAUGAAAGAAUUCAUACUGGAGAGAUACCCUAUGAAUGUAAUCAAUGUGGUAAAGCCUUUGCAAAAAAGAGUUAUCUUCAAAGUCAUGAAAGAAUUCAUACUGGAGAAAAACCCCAUGAAUGUAAUCAAUGUGGUAAAGCCUUUGCAAUGAAGAGUUAUCUUCUCAGCCAUGAAAGAAUUCAUACUGGAGAGAAACCUUAUGAAUGUAAUCAAUGUGGUAAAGGCUUUGCACGGAAGUGUAGUCUUCGAAUUCAUAAAAGAAUUCAUACUGGAGAGAAACCCUAUGAAUGUAAUCAUUGUGGUAAAACCUUUAUACAGAACAGUAGCCUUCUAGUUCAUGAAAGAAUUCAUACUGGAGAGAAACCAUAUAAAUGUGACAUAUGUGGUAAAGCCUUUGCACAGAAGAUUAGACUUCAAAGUCAUGAAAGAAUUCAUCCGGAGAGAAACCCUAUGAAUGUAAUUGAUGUGGUAAAGCCUUUGCAACAAAGAGUUAUCGUUUCACCCAUGGAAGAAUUCAUAUGGGAGAGAAACCCUAUGAAUGUAAUCAAUGUGGUAAAGCCUUUGUACAGAAGAGUAGCCUUCUAAGUCAUGAAAGAAUUCAUACUGGGGAGAAACCCUAUAAAUGUGACCAAUGUGAUAAAGCAUUUGCAAAGAAGAGUUAUCUUCACAGUCAUAAGAAUUCAUACUGGACAGUAACAUAUGGAUGUAAUCAAUGUAGUAAUUUAAGGUGUGAGCUGAUGUGAGCUGCCAUGUGGGUGUUGGAAACUGAAUUGUAUUUUCUGCAAGAGGUACUUGCUGGAGUCCAGUGUCAUAGGGCUUCAGGUCCCAAAGAAGAGAUCAAGCAUCAGUAGAGGAAGGAGACUGCCAUGAUCUGAGCAUGAAACAGUAUGGCUGCUGCUUUAUUGAAAAACAACUACACAUUUUAUGCUCUAUAACUGAAUCUUAGUUUAGACUCAAGCAGGUUAAAAACAGCUUAAUGAUUCCAGGAUAAAAGUAGUCAUCAACCUCAUUGCAGCAUUUUUCCUGGGGCAAGAAGUGAUAAAUUCAGCAAGUAUCUUCAUGCCUUUCUGGAUGUGAACCCAUUGUUUCCUUUCAUAGUUGCUUUUAUCCUUGCAACUAGGUGUGUCCAGUUAGUAUAUCAUUAAGUUCUCUAUUUUUGGUGUAAUCAGGGUAACACAAUGGGGUUUUUUGUGUGGGAAUAGGCAUAUUAAUGACAUUGUGUGGUUCCAUGGUGGUGGGGAUUUUUUCCAAGAAUUUUGUUUAAAGAGACUGCCUUGCCUAUGUAUAUGUUCCCAUCCUCCAGUGUAGCCAGCAAAAUAAAUUUCCCACAGUAAAAGGCAUAAGGAAACUCCAUAACAUAUAGUGAGAAUUAUUAAAAUUGAAAUAAAAGUGAUGCUGGAGAAUUAAGAUCGGCAAUGUGGAAAUGCUGGAACUUUGUCAAACAGCAAUGGUCACCGUGCAGUCCAUGCCAGGUGCUAAACUGCUAAACAAUUUCUCAUCCCUUUUUAUUUCUUUUAAGAUUCAUUUUAUUAUUGUUAUCUUUGUAUGUCCUCAUGAAUAAUAUAGUUUGA